GGGCUCAACGUGAAUGCACACAAGAGACAUCCGGGCGGUGGGCACACGUGCUGAGAUUCAACGGCUGUUCUCCAACUUCGAACUUAUCCGUUAGGAACAUAGGUGGAACGGCGCUGAGGCCGGAACCGUUUGUUUGUACGGGACUCUCCGGCUCGGGAAAGCCCUUCGAGAAGCUUGUCCGACUGGACGAAAUUCUUGACAGAGUGCCGGCCGCGUUCGGUGUGGAAGUGCUGAUCUGUGCCAGAACUCUCGCAAGACAUUAGACAGAUGGAUUAAAUAUUCGGUCGCUGAACCGCGCCAAACAAGGUCCCGCACCAUGGGAAAUCAUGUGGAGUUGAAGAAGGAGAUCGGACUACUCUCUGGAGUUUUGAUGGUCGUGGGGACCAUCAUCGGUUCUGGUAUCUUCGUCUCCCCAAAAGGAGUUUUUGAGCCAGUGCAAUCGGUUGGGAUCUCGCUCCUGGUUUGGGCCCUCAGUGGAAUUUUCGCCAUGUUCGGCGGAGUUUGCUACGCAGAGCUCGGAACUUCGUUCCCUCGUAGCGGGGGCGACUACGCGUACACGUUGGAAGCCUUUGGACCUCUAUUGGCAUUCCUACGUUUGUGGAUCACUGUGGUCAUCGUUCAGCCGGCGAGCCUUGCCAUCCUAUCGCUAACCUUCGCCACAUACGCCGUGAAGCCUUUCUUCCCGGACUGUGACCCUCCGACCAGCGCUCUCAAAAUCAUUGGGAUCCUGUGUCUACUGCUUUUAACGUACAUCAAUUGUCGAAGCGUGAAAUUGGCCGUGAAAGUUCAAGACGUAUUCACGGCAGCCAAACUCUCGGCCUUGGGGCUCAUCAUUUUUACCGGAGUCUACCGGAUAUUCAAAGGACAAACCGAUCACUUGGAUUCGGCAUUCGACAACAUUUCAUUAACUCCUGGUGGCCUCGCGGAAGCCUUCUAUUCCGGACUCUUCGCUUUUGGGGGCUUCAACAAUUUGAAUUAUGUAGCCGAAGAGAUGAAAAAUCCAAACAGGAAUCUCCCUCGAGCGAUAUACAUCGGCGUCUCUUUGGUGACGAUUGUCUACGUGCUGGCGAACAUCGCGUACUUCACCGUGGUGUCUCCCAGUGCCAUGAUCGCAUCUCCUGCUGUUGCCGUGACUUUCGCCAAUCAGAUGUUCGGCUUCAUGGCCUGGACCAUGCCCGUCUUCGUGUCCCUUUCUACCUUCGGUGGUCUGAAUGGGAUCAUGUUCACGAUCUCGAGAUUGUUCUUCAUCGGAGCACACGAAGGACAUCUUCCCGCUCUCGUCGGAAUGAUUCACAUAAAACACUUGACACCAACACCGCCGAUAUUACUCUCGACUGGUUUGGCUCUCUUAAUGUUCAUCACGUCUGACAUCUACUCCCUAAUUUAUUACUUAUCUUUCAACCAUUGGCUGUGGAUCGGAGUCUCGAUCCUCGCUCUUCUGCAAUUACGCCGCACCCAACCUGACGUCCCACGGCCAAUUAAGGUAUCCAUAUUCUUCCCGAUCGCCUUCCUGUUCCUGUGCGUUUUUCUGACAGUUGCCGCUAUCAUUGGGAAUCCAUUAGUGAGUCUUUUAAAUAUCGUGAUUCUCCUGAGCGGUAUCCCGGUGUACUACGUUUUCGUCAAACCCAACAAAUCACUCACUGCCGUAAGAGAAGCGUCAGCUCGUGUGACCCGAGAGAUGCAGAAAUUGCUACAAGUCGUUCAGCCGCAGAAAGAGGAGAAACUCUGAGUGCUCCACGUCGGGCGACACUGUACUUCCGCGCGCAUCUGGGAUGAACUAUAGCGUGUCAAAUUAUUGACGAGAAAUCUCCGAUCUGCGGGCUCGUCCUGCCAACCUCAUCGGCCUCCAAUCGACGAUCGCUGGCUCAGCGCCUAAUGGUUGGACUGCGCUGGAAGCGACACCAAAAGCGGGAGACUCAAAUGGUGUGACCGAUGGACCUCCCGCAAAUCACCGAGCGCUCCUCUCCCUGAGAGAGAAGGAGGUGAAAGAAGAUGAUCGAGAAUAAAUGUUGGUUUUGGUCGUUU